CAGAGGAGAGGCCCUUGGAGCAAAGGAGGUGACAGCCAAGACAGGAUAUGGAAGCCGUACAGCCAGAGAGGCAUGCCUGGGCUAGGAUGUUGUCAUGCAGGCUUUGGCCAGCUGUCGUCAGGGCACUGUUUGCCGAGUUCCUGGCCACCGGGUUGUAUGUGUUCUUUGGUGUGGGCUCAGCGCUGCACUGGCCCUCAGCACUUCCCUCUGUGCUACAGAUUGCCAUCACCUUCAACCUGGCCACAGCCAUGGCUGUGCAGGUCACCUGGAAGGCCAGUGGGGCCCACGCCAACCCUGCUGUGACACUGGCUUUCCUCGUGAGCUCCCACAUCUCUCUGCCCCGUGCUAUGGCCUAUGUGGUUGCCCAGCUGGCCGGGGCCACCGUAGGGGCCGCUCUGCUUUAUGGUGUCACACCAGGAGACAUCCGAGAAACCAUUGGGAUUAAUGUGGUCCGGAACAGCGUCUCAAUUGGCCAGGCAGUGGCAGUGGAGCUGGUUCUGACCCUGCAGCUCGUGCUAUGUGUCUUUGCUUCCACCGACAGCCGUCAGACAUCAGGUUCCCCAGCUACCAUGAUUGGGAUCUCUGUGGCAUUAGGCCACCUCAUUGGGAUCUACUUCACUGGCUGCUCAAUGAACCCAGCCCGCUCCUUCGGUCCUGCCGUCAUCAUCGGGAAGUUCACAGUGCACUGGGUCUUCUGGGUGGGACCCCUGACAGGAGCUGUCCUGGCUUCACUGAUCUACAACUUUAUCCUGUUCCCUGAUACCAAGACCCUGGCCCAGCGACUGGCCAUCCUCACAGGCACUGCAGAGGUGGAGAGAGUGGUAGGGGUGGAGCCCCAGAAGAAAGAAUCCCAAUCCAGUUCAGAGGACACGGAAAUGGAGAAUGUGUGA